GGGAAAAAAAUAUUCACUAAGCAGGGAGGAAUUUUGGAUGGCUUGAUUUUGUUUUUAUUUUGUUAAGGGAAGAGGAGGCAUAUUGCUACUGUUAAUCUGUUUCUAGCAAAUUUUCGGAUGAUGGCAUUUUUCAUCUGCAUAUUGUUUUGACAAAGUUGGAACAUUUUAAAUAGCUUUAGCAUAGAAUGAAGACGAAUAUUGUUUUUAAACUGUGUUAAGACAUAAUUAAAUAAACCGUUGUCAGCGUAUUCCGAUUCUAUGUUUUGAAAACUAUGAAUAACCAGAAAGCUGAAAACAAAUCUGCUGACCAUGAAGAUAGUGAUCAUAUCCAACCAAUUAAUUUGGUUGCUACUAGAACCCCAGUGCCAGUUACUACUUUUUCUGGGUCAAAUACGCCUGUUGCUACACAGCCACUUCCAAUGCGACCGCAUAUAGAACCUAAGCCAGGACUUAUGACCUUAUAUUUCCGUACCCCAUCUACUAGACCUCAAGGUCAACUCAUGGGACCAGUUGUAGGAACUCAGGUGUCAUCAGCUCAGCAUUUUGCUGCAAAACAAGCACAAGAUUUCAAGAAUACUAAUAUUUCAAGCUGGACUGUUAUUAGAAUGCCAACAAGUGAUAUCACUCAAGCACAAAGUGGUACUACUACACCAAACUCAAGUGGCAAUAUUACUCCUGGGAUUCUUCCAUCAGCCCUUAGUGGGAGCACUAAUCGACACAUGAUUCCUACUGCAGUACAUCCUGUUAUUGCUGCAGGAAGCUCAGGUCCUUCAAUGGCUUCUAUUAUAAGAGGGUCUCAUCAGGUGGCACCAGCUGGUCAUGUCAUUCAACCACCAUUCUCAUCUCAUGUACCACGAGGUCCAGCUGCAGUUGCUAGCAUAAGUGCAGCUCCAAAAUCUGCUGUUGCAACGCCCAUACUCAGAACCCCACACUCAUCUGCUACAAUGGCAUUAGCUUCUUCAUCUAUGAUGGCUCUUCAUACUCCUGUCAGGGCAAAAUCCCCCACGCUUGUUGGACGAACAUCUACUCCUCCUGUUGCAGCUGCAUCUUCACUCCCUCAAGUAGUUGAUUUGCAGAAGUCUUCUGUUGGUCACACAAUCCCAUCUAGCACUGCUCAUGUUGGACUCAGUACUCGCCCUGUUGAUGGAUCUGUUGUUAGAUCUGGAAGCUCUCAUUCAUCAUCAUCAAUAACUAUCGCUAAGCCAAUUAAUAUUUCACAACCAAUAGUUCAACAUCUGCAGCAGGUUUAUGAUAAAGGAAGUUUAAAGACUGUUUCUAAUUUGUCAUCUACAACCAAUUCUCCAAGUAAUUCCACUCCAGCACAUCAGAGUACUGUUCCGGGUACAUUUGCAUCUACUAACGAUAAUAUUGGAGUUGUUCCCACCAUAUCAAGAACUGCUGUUUCUACUGGUUAUUCUACAGGCAUUAUGCAACUAUCAUCUGCUGCUACAGUUGCACAGUCUUUGCAGCAACUUCGAGCUACCCAUGUGCCACAAGCUAUGCAUGCAUUAACUAAUGUUACCACCAGUGUUACUCCACACCAAACUCUUACUGUUAUUUCAGCAAAGUCUUUAAUGCCUACAAAUCAUUCCAUUGCUUUGGCCACACCACCAGCUAGAACAGCCACUCCAAAUUCAGCUGUAACUGCAUCUGGAACUUCAUCAAUCAUACCUGGUCCACCAUCAAGACCUUUAAAUGCAAGUAGCACAGUGAGUUCAGCUGCUAUACCCGUUGCCAAAGUGUAUCCUCAGGCACCUGCAACACCAAUACGAACAGCAAGUGAAACAACUCAAGAAAAUGCAAAUGCACGUCCAAAUAGUUUUAUAACUCAGCCUGUAGCUUCGAAUGCUAACCGUGUAACUACGCCAACUACUACUGCAACUAGUGGGCUUCAGACAGUUAUGAUAGCUGAGAAACAGGGAGAAAGUAAUUCUGUUAGAUUUUCUGCACUGCCCAAACCACAGCUUGGAAGUAGUGCCUCCUUCACACCAUCACCAGCAACUUACUUAUAUCAUGACCAGUAUACUGCAAAUUUAGCAGCCAUGCAUCCUUAUAACACAAAUCCAACUACUCAGGGUUUUACAGCUACGCAACUCAGGCCUGUGUCAUUCUCACAACAUGCCUCAAAUAAUGCUUCUGCUCAUCCUUCCAUAUCUGUUUCAAAUCCAGUGCAACCCAUAAAUUCUGUGAUGGUUGCUGUUGAUUCUCGUCAUCAUGUAGCUUUGCAUUCCUCGUACAAUACUAGUUCAAGUGUAAAAGGUGCAGAUGUCUCAUUACCUAUUCCUUCAAGCAAUACAGUUUCUUCUGGUGGCCCUGCUGUUACUUGUGUUGUCACUACGUCAUAUAACUCUUUACAACAGUCUCAGUCUGGUAUAAAUAAUCAUACUUCUCCUAGGCCAAGCAUUCUACGAAAACGGACUGGUGAAACUGUUUGCAAUAUAGUUAAACGGAAUCUUACUGCAAAUUUAUGUAAUUCUGAACCCAUUAGUCCACGUGUAGAUGUAAAUAGUAAUAUCACUUUUACAUCUGUUUUGUCACCUAAGCCUGUGAGUGAGAAAACUAAGGAAAAUACUCCAUCUAAUGUUCCUGUGACAUCAGAAAAUCAGAACAUUUCAGUACCUAUGAUUCCUCCGAGUGCAAUUAAAAAAGAGCCUGGUGUUUCUGAAAGUACAAACAUCACAUCUGAUACAGUUGGGAAAGAUAAUCGUCCUGUUGAAGCAUCACCUCGUAAAAAACCAAGGAAGCAACUGCUGUAUGCUAAUUCAUUCCAAAUAGCUGCAAAUGAGUUGAUGGAAACACAUUCAUCAGAAGGGGAAGAAAAUAACUUUGAUGUCAAGGUAAAAAUAAAAGAAGAACUUGGUGUCAAAGAAGAGGAGAAAACAAAAUGUGUUACUUUUUAUAAGAGGCCAACAAUGUCACUUUUGAGCAGUUACCAUCAACCAUGGAAAGCAAGGCAUAAUCAUUUUGCUAGAUAUAGUGAUGUAAAACCUAAAGAAGAGAAAAAGCCAACUGUAAAUGAACUGGCAAAUCAGAAAGGUAUACUUCAGCUUGCUAAUGGAUGGAAAGUUUAUCACCUGACAACCCAAAUGGAUGAAGUUAUUGGUCUGGAAGAGACAGUUUACUCUAGGUUGUCACAUUUGCUUAAUUUUGUGGAAAAUGACCCCCCUGCUUUAAGAAAUAGAACUUUAUUGAAUUCUGAUGAAGACAGAAUUAUAAACAAGCUGACUGAUUUAAUAAAGGGAAAUUUGCAACGAAGUAAAAUAGUUCAGGAACAAGUUACAGAAUCAAAACAGCUGGCAAUAAAAGUACUGGACCAUAAAGCAAAUAUUGUUGAAAUGGUUAACAAAUAUAUUAGCAAAAGACCACUAAAGAAGAAGGAGAAAUCAUGACUAAAAGGGCCAUUCUACUAAUUUUAAAAGUAUGAGAGGGUUUAUCAAUUGGAAAGAUUUUAUGAAUACUGUCAGUGCUUUUAAUUCACAUAAACUGAAAAUGAAAUGGAAUGCCUUAUUCCAUUUUGUGACAUUUCACAAUUUUAUCAUUUUUCAUUUUGGGGCAGAUUUAUAAACAUUUUGUAAAUAUUUUAUAAGAAUCUUUUUAAACUGUCUCAGAUUUAUGGAAAUGAGUGCUAUUGGCCACACAACCAGUAUUGUUGGUACUGAAGACUGUAAAAACAUCAUUUGUGCAUAUGUAUAAAAGAAAUUUUAAUUGCAUUGUGUAUAGAUAUAUAUAUAUAUACUGAAAUGUAAUGUGAGCAAAGUUGAAAUUGUUGUAUUGUUAAGUGAGGUAAACUUUUGUUACGAAGGAAGAAAGUAACAUUUGUCUGUAAGCUUUAUUCAAGGGAUUCUAAUUUUAUGUGUAAAAAUUAAAUAUUACGUACUGAAAUGUUCAUUAUUUUUAAAGAAAUUCUGUAACAGGGUUAAACCUCACUGUAGCAAAUUAUGAUACUAGUUCGGUUGUGUAAAUGUAUAUAUUGAAAUUUUAAUUAUGGUCAUCCAGGUUUAAUCUCAGAUUGUAAUCAAAUGAAAUAUGUUAGAUUUUAAAAAAUAAAAUCAGUUUCAUGUAUGUGCUAUAUUCGGAUUCAUAAAACUAGGCAAAAUUUGGCAUCUUUUUUCUAUAUUAAUUUAACGAAAAAGGAAUGUGUUGCUUAAAACAUUUAAAAUGAAAUCAUCUUGAGAAAACAUUGUUCCCACCUCGUGGGG